UGCCAGGUCCUUUGACUGAAAGAGUGAGGGAGAAAAAUGGCUUCUUCCAUAGUCUUCCUCGUAUAUGCUUGUGCUCUCCUGCCGCUGUUUGCAGCACGGGAAGAUAAUGCACCGUGUGUCUUUCCCUUCACUUAUCUUGGAAAAUCUUACUCUUCGUGCACCGCAGUGGACUCUGAUCAUGGGCGACUGUGGUGUGCCACAACUCGCAACUAUGACAAUGACGAACGAUGGAAGUGGUGUGGUGCUGAAGAUAGUGCACCGUGUGUCUUUCCCUUCAUUUAUCUUGGAAAAACAUAUAAUUCGUGCGCUGCAGUGGAUUUUGAAGAUAGGAAACUGUGGUGUGCCACAACUCAUAACUAUGACAAGGAUGAACUAUGGAGGGAGUGUACUACUAAAGAAUUCGGAGGUAAUUCUGGUGGCCAAAGCUGCCACUUCCCUUUCAUCUACUGGGGACAGCCAUAUGAGACUUGCACCACGAAACAUUCAAGGGAUGGAAAACCCUGGUGCGCCACGACAGGCAACUAUGACAAGGACCGGAAAUGGAGCUACUGCGCUGAUACAAGACUCAGUGCUGACCCUAUGGGUCCCUGCCACUUUCCGCUAAGAUUAAAUGGUCAUUCUUGGACAACGUGUGUAACAGACAGCUCAUUUGAUGGGGAGCCCUGGUGUUCUCUCACCAACAACGUUGAGAAGGAUAACAAGAAGGUUCGCUGUACAGCUUCGGAACCCUGCAGCAUUCCAUUCACGUACAAAAAGCGGCGUUACUAUGCAUGCACCAAGGAUGGAUCGGUGGGUGAGCAACAUUGGUGUGCUACAACUUCGAACUAUGACGCAGACAAGAAAUGGAAAACGUGUGUCUUUCAAGAUUAUGGAGGGAGUUCUAAAAAUAAGAGCUGCGUUUUUCCCUUCGAGUACAAGGAGAAGACCUACCAUCAAUGCACCACUGAAGAUGAGCCUACUGGGAGGUCAUGGUGUGCCACAACAUCAAGUUAUGAUAAGGAUGGGGAAUGGACAUUCUGUGCUGAUCCAGGACAAGAAACAAAUCAUGAUGGGAAGUGCACCUUCCCUUUCAAAUACAAAAACAAUACCUACUCAUCCUGUACACGAGAUGGGUUGUUCUGGGGUUUUUUACCCUGGUGCUCUCUGACCAGCGAUUACAACAAGGACCAGAAGUGGAAAUUUUGUAGCUACUCAGAAAGAAAAAUAGGACAUUGAUCACAGUCAUAAGUACAUAUCUCCACUAUCUUAUCCUGCAUGCAUUUUUCUCCUCACGUUCCGAGUCUGGAAGUCAAAAGAUUAACUACAGCUCAAGACAAAAAAAUGGCCACAAUUUUGUGGCAACUGAAAGCUGAUUGCAUUUUCUCAAAGAGGUUUAUGAGGAUUAGAGCCCAUUUCCUCAAAUCCUAGAAUAAACAUGUCUUAAGUCUUCA